AUUCACGUAUCCAUAUCAGUUGAAAAAAUCUUAUCUUCUAUUAGCUGUUACCCAAUAUUAUUGAUAUAAUCCAAAAUCUAUUUAAGUCCCCAACACCAUACGAACCUGGGCCAGUUCAAAAUGUUGAUCAGCGUCCCCGAUGAUGAAUGGACCCAGCCAGAAGGAGAGAACAGAAAUUACCAUUAAAUCAAAGGAAUUGAUGACACCAGCUGAAGCAGACGAAAAGGAUAGAACCAUCCAGCGCCUGACCCUGAUCAUCGAAAACCAGACCCAGCAAAUAAAGGAGUUGACUGAGACAGUUAGGGAUCAAAACAGUAAAAUAGACUGCCUGACCACCCAGGUUAUAUAUUAUCUUGGGUGUAUAUGCUGCUUCUUCAUACGCUGCUAACCAUACUGUCUUUAAGACAUGUACUCAAGUCGGCGUUUGCAAUCGCUUGAGGGAUAUGCCUUCAACUGCACAAUGGACAUACAUAAAACACAAUGUUAAUGGUGAUAACACUUUAGUUACUGUUAAGCUAGAAAUACAGAAGAAGACAUAUUCACUCUUUAUUGGGCUAUUGGAGAACCACAAAGUGCGCCUUCAACUAAAAGACACAAGUCGGGGAGCAAAAAAGAGACAUGAAAUAAAAGAUGUGUUAUAUCCGGAUAUACCAAAAUCAAUUAGGAUUACAACAGAGGAUGAUGAUGGAUUCCUUACUAUAGUGCCUAACGAUGCAACAAUGCGAAACCACAGUGUUCUUAUCCACAAAUCACCAUUGGUGUUAAACUUCACGUAUAACGAUAAAACUUUGGUAGUUUUGAAUAGCUCAAGUCUGAAUAUGAGUUACGAUAAGACGAUUCGAGAUAUUGGAUUCACUGUGAAAUUUGAGGAUGCUCAAAAGUUGUACGGCCUACACCACCACGCUUAUAAUUUGGAACUGCCAGACACGACCUUGAAAACGGUGAACGGUAGCCAUUGGAACGAACCAUUCAGACUAUGGAAUUCGGAUGCUAGGGAUUUCGAAGCUGAUUCGCCCAUGGCGCUCUAUGGAUCUGUACCAGCUAUUUAUGGCCACUCAAAAAAAUCGACAGCUGGUAUAUUUCUUCAUAACGCUGCUGAACAAUGGGUGGAUAUUAGUUACAGUCACGGAUCUGCUUCUGCUCGUUUCAUGGUGGACAGUGGUAGUUUUGAUCUUUUCGUGAUGUUAGGGCCGAAACCCGAAGACGUAGUGAAGCAGUUCACGGAUCUGACUGGUCGAGCGCAUAUGCCACAGUUGUGGACAUUGGGAUACCAUCAAUCUCGAUGGUCGUAUUACACCAAAGAAGAGGUACUGGAGGUGGUCAAGAACAUGACACAAAAUGACUUUCCAUUAGACGCAAUUUGGCUGGAUAUUGAUUAUACUGACGACAAAAAGUAUUUCACUUGGUCUAAAAACUUUACUGGUGAAGAUGGCAAUGGUGUAAGGCAAAUGCUUAAGAUAUUGGGAGAUGAUGGCAGAAAGCUAGUGGCCAUUGUUGAUCCUCACAUAAAAGUAGAUGAAAAUUAUGGAGUAUAUGAAGAAGGAAAGAACAAGCAUUUUGUUAAAGUGAAAGACGGAAGAACUGAUUUUGUAGGUAAGUGUUGGCCUGGCAAUUCUAGCUACGUAGAUUUUUUGAAUUCAGCUGCGAGAACAUAUUAUGGCAACCACUAUUCUGACAACAGCUUUAAUCAUGGACAUCCGGAAGUUUUGGCGGGCAUAUGGAACGACAUGAAUGAACCAUCUGUGGACGAUGACCAGCACGAGUGGACAAUGCCUUCCGAUAACAGACAUAGUUCAAAAGGGAAUCGAAAAUUUGAUGUUGAGCAUAGGGACAUCCAUAAUAUGUAUGGCUUUUUGCAUACGAUGGCUACCCAUGAAGGCCUAAUCAACAGAGAUAAAAAUGGUACUCGCCCCUUUAUCUUAACUAGGUCACAUUUCGCUGGUUCACAAAGAUUUGCAGCCAUGUGGACUGGAGAUAACAGAGCAGAUUGGCCACAUUUAAAGAACAGCUAUUCCGAAUGUAUGCUCUCCAACUUGAUGGGCCAUGUCUUUUGCGGGGCCGACGUUCCUGGAUUUUUCGGCGACCCGGAUCCAGAAUUUUCCUACAGAGCUUACCAGGCUGGCAUCUGGUUGCCAUUCUUCAGAGGACAUGCCCACAAGGACGCAAAGCCAAGAGAACCCUACAGGUAUGAACCAGAGGUGCAAGAAAUUAUACGAAACGCAAUACGAAUGAGAUAUAAAUAUAUACCAACAUGGUACACUCUCUUCUAUGAACAUACACUGACUGGGGCACCUGUAAUCAGACCACUCUUCUAUCACUAUCCUGGCACAGUGAAUCGGAACGAUCAUAUCAUGUUAGGUAGAGACAUACUGGCAAGACCGGUGUUCGAACCAAGUAACGAAACUAAGACCAUAGAAGUACAUCUGCCAGGAAACCCGCCAGAUUUUUGGUACAGAGUCGAUGACAAAUCAUCCAAAAUUAUAAUAGCUGGAACCACCGAAAUAAUACCUUAUGUAGAUGCUAAUACGUCGCCAGUGUUCUAUAGAGCAGGCAGUAUUGUAGUACUCUGGGAUUAUGAUGUAAGCUCUACUGCAGAGACUGUGCGGUCACCUAGGAUUACACUAUAUGUCAAUUGUAAGGAUGAUAAGAAUCAUACCGCUAGUGGAAGGCUUUAUCAUGAUGAUGGAUUCAGUUUUGAUUACGAAAAUAAAAAUAAGCAUCUGUAUGUUGAUAUAACUUUCACAGAAGAGACAGGACUCAAAUUUGAAGAAGUUCCAGAAGAUCCCGAUCAAGAUUCGGAAGAUAUGAAGAUAUAUGUAGAUAAAGUCAUCUAUAACGAAAGAAAUUCUGGCAGCACCUAUAAGUCGACUAGACAUGAAAUUGAUGUAGAUGGAAACCUCUUCAGCAACAUAGACAUUGUCCAGGCUAUUCGAAAUGAUAAGGAACUUGUGUACAAGCUAACACGUUAAUUAAAUAUUAAAUAAUUAUUUGUUUCA